AUAUAUAGAUUUUAUCUUGGGCUGACAGUGAUAGCUAACCAUUGCAGAGGCAAUUAAAAUGCUAUUGGAAAGUAAGAAAUAUCUUAUCAAACAAGCAGAACAAUCCACCGGUCGGACACCUCUUCACUAUGCAGCAUUAUUCGGGGAGACGGAGAUGACCGAGUUGCUACUGGAAGCUGAUGCGUCUCCAGCGUAUCUGCCAGACAACAAAGGGUCGUUUCCCAUACAUCUCGCUGCAUCAAACGGCCAACCUGAUAAUGUUUUGGCCUUGCUAAGAAAGAGCGGCCCAUACUAUGGCAAGCUACGUGAUGGCAAAGGCAGGACAUUCCUGCAUGUCGCUGCCGAGGCAGAGAGGUUGGGCGUCGUCAUGUUGGCUUGCCAAGAGCAGGGCAAGGUGGCAUCGUCGGUGAUGAACAUGCAAGACGACGAUGGGAACACUACACUGCACCUCGCUGCUCUGGCAGGGAAUAUACGUAUGGUCCGUGCUCUGGUGUCAAUACCAGAGGUUAAGCUAAAUUUACCCAACAAAGGGGGACGAAUGCCACGAGAUCUAGCAUUCAAGGAACAUAGCACAGGGUCUUGCCUCUACACUUGGAACUCACGGUAUAGGAUACAUCUCUUGCUGAGAGAUGCCUGCGAUUCGAUUGAUUGGAGACCACGGAUCGAACUCUCGUGGACAGAAUUCAAAUCUGCUUUAGACGAAAUGGAAAGAUCGCAGAACAUCGUCGACCAAUCACAGAUCAUUGCUCUCGGCUCGGUGCUGAUCACGACGGUGACGUUUGCCGCAGCCUUCGCCGUGCCUGGGGCUACCGAGCAGAUGACCAUAAAAAGGGCGGCACACCGACGCUUGCCGGGGAAUACUUCUUCGACGCGUUCGUCAUUGCCAACACACUGGCAUUCAUCUGCUCUUCACUAUCCAUGCUCUUUCUCAUGUAUGCAGGGGUGGGUUCAAACGUGAAAAGACGCACUUGGUCCUUGUUAUUGUCUGCAAAAUUCCUGGCUCAUUCAGCUAGGAGCCUCAGCGCCGCCUUCAUCUUCGGGAUGUACUCGAUCCUGGCUCCGGUCGAGCAUGCCAAGGCCAUGUAUCCUUGUACAAUCACGGUUCUCCCCCUGGUGGUGGUGGAAGGUUUUUGGUCCAGCAUGACGGUGGGAAUGGUAUACAGCGACAAACUGGUGAUGGUGAGGAGGUUUGGAAGUCGGGCAAGCAAGUGGAGUCUUGCAUGGGCGGUCCUAGUGACGCUGAUAUUCCAAUUCUGGCCAUACAUUCUCAUCGCGGCUAUAUCUCAUUAAUCUACAUAUUCCACUAGUAUCCGGAUACCAAUUUAUUGGCUGCAUACAAUAUAUAUCGUCACUACCAAAUUAUUGUUAUUCUACUAAGCAAUUGCCCAUGCAUUGCACCGUCGACAUAAAUAUUCUAGUGACUUCAUAUGAUUCUUGUGUUGCUACAGGGUAAGAUAAAGAAAAGAAAGACAUACAUAGACUGAUUAAUUAGGUUUCA